CUACAAAUUUCUGGAACCGGGCCAGUCUCAGUGUUCUUGCUUGGACUUGCUGUGUUUCUUGUUGACUAGUGCAAAGUUCAACCCCAAGGCAAGUUCACGGGUUCCACCUCGGGACUAUGGCUGCUUAAUCAGAUUAGUCCAAAGCCCCUCACUCACCAAAGCAGACUUUCAGUGUAUGGUAAUUGACUGGGGAGGGCGGCGACUGUAUUUGUAAAAUCCAUCCCCAUGGCUCGCAUUAGCUGGGAGAGUGAACAUAACCAGUACAAAAAGGGUCUUUAGUACUCUGUUUUAACCCACUGUGUGUUUGUGUUAAAGAUUCACUGAUGCUGUAACACCUGAACCCUCGUAUACUGCUUCACUGAGUCGGAGAGGACAGAAUGUCCAUAUGCAACAAAAGUUUGUGAAUUCUUUAUAAAUAAUUUAACUACUCUUUUCAAGUGCUGGCACUGCAGUCGCUGGAUGUGUUUAUUGAAUGCACCGGGAAAGGGGCGUUAGGGUGGAGCAGUUCUUCGAGUGGAUUUGUGGGUUUGAGAGUCAUACCCAUCAAAUCAUGUUGCUGGCUGGACAUAAGUAACGAACAUGGCGGAAGACUAGCCCUCUCCUACUUUCUGCCUUUCUCUAGGUGUCAGGGGGACCCACAUCCUUUUAUCUAUUAAUGCAAGUAGCAGCUUGGAUUCAGUUGGCGUCACCAGGACUGGGAAGAAGGAGCCGUUUUAAUUCCCAGCCUCUGCCAUUCUCAGCCUUCCUGACGGACAGCUUUGGAAGGCAGCACAACUACCUGAGGAUCUCACUGACUGAAAAGUGCAACCUGCGAUGUCAGUACUGUAUGCCUGAGGAUGGGGUUAAGUUAACCCCAAGAUCACAGCUGCUCACCACCGAGGAGAUCAUCACCCUGGCGCGGCUGUUUGUGAGUGAGGGUGUGGACAAGAUCCGCCUGACGGGAGGCGAACCGCUCAUCAGGCCUGACGUGGUGGAGAUCAUGGCUCGACUCCGGCAGCUGGAAAACCUGAAAACGCUGGCCGUUACAACGAACGGCAUCAACCUGACCAAGCUGCUGCCCAGUCUGAAGGAGGCAGGCCUCAACCUUCUCAACAUCAGUCUGGAUACCUUGGUCCCCGCUAAGUUUGAGUUCAUUGCCCGAAGGAAAGGUUUUCACAAGGUGAUGGAAGGCAUCAACAAGGCCAUCGACCUGGGCUAUAACCCCGUUAAGGUGAACUGUGUGGUCAUGAGGGGUCUGAAUGACGAUGAGUUGCUGGACUUCGUGGAUCUCACCGCCACCAAGCCUCUGGACGUGCGGUUCAUCGAGUACAUGCCAUUUGAUGGCAACAAAUGGAACUUCAGGAAGAUGGUGAGCUACCAAGAGAUGCUAAGUACCAUCAAGCAGAAGUGGCCUGAGCUACAGAAGCUGCCGUUGGGAGACUCUGGAACUGCCAAGGCUUACAAAGUGCCUGACUUCCAGGGCCAGAUCGGCUUCAUUACUUCCAUGUCAGAACACUUCUGCGGCUCUUGCAAUCGGCUACGACUCACUGCUGACGGCAGCUUAAAGGUCUGCCUCUUCGGAAACACUGAGGUGUCCUUGCGGGACGUGUUGCGCUCUGGAGCCACGGAAGCGGAGAUGCUCGAGAUUGUCGGAGCCGCACUGAGCAGGAAGAAGAAGCAGCACGCAGGAAUGUUGAACUUAUCGCAGAUGAAGAACAGACCCAUGAUCCUGAUUGCAGAGAGCAAUCCUGUUACUUCCGCGAUGACCCAACAGCUGCUGAAGGGCCCACCCGCUGCUCCGGAGGGAAGGAGGCUUGGGAACGCCCGCCUCCCACACGUGGGAGUCCUGCUACCUCUGGCUGGGAGAGAGAGAUGGGCACUCAACCAGAGCUUACGGGCCCACAGCACCCAGAGUGGGGGCAGGAGCACUGACACCCCAGCCCGGGGAGAACAGCCAGCGAGCCCUGACGGCAGGAAGGAGAAGGCUGGCCAGAGCCCUGAGCGUCUGACGCACGUGGAUGAGCGGGGCAGGGCAGCCAUGGUGGAUGUGGGUGGGAAGCCGGACUCUCAGCGGGAGGCUGUGGCCCAGGCCACGGUGCGGUUGGGGGAACAGGCCUUCAAGCUGGUGCGGGACAACCAGCUGCGAAAGGGAGACGCCUUGGUCACCGCCCAGCUGGCUGGUAUCUGUGCGGCCAAGAUGACCAGCCAGCUGGUGCCCCUGUGCCACGCUGUGCCACUGCACCAUAUCCAGGUCUCCCUGGAGCUGGACCAGGCCCGGUGGGCUGCGGUCGUCACGGCGACCUGUGGGUCCCAUGGCAAGACUGGGGUGGAGAUGGAGGCCCUGGUGGCAGCUGCCUUGGCUGCCCUCACCCUCUACGACAUGUGCAAGGCUGUCACACACAACAUUGUGGUGGAGGAGGUCAAACUGCUCAGUAAGACGGGUGGACAGGGUGGGGACUUUUACCGUGGGGCCAAGGACUCGAAGGUCCCCAACUAAACCUCUGCCAUCCCAUCCACUCACCCUCCCUCCCCCCCCCCAAACACGCACAUCAUAGUAUCGUUAGGGUUAGGGUUAGGGUUCAAGCCCCAGUUUCAUGGUCUGGAACCUGCUGCCCUUCCUUGUGGAGAUGUGACUCUCUGCUGAAGGUCAAAGAGCUGCCGGGGCACCCUCUGGUGAAUUCAUCCAUCCAUAAAGUGCAGAAGCUGCCCCUUCAGCCCAGUAAAUCGAUUCCCAUUUGCACCCAUCUCUGAGCCGUGCUCUCUGGGAUAAUUAACAGCAGCUAGUUAAACUGCCAGCCCAAGCCUCAUUAGAGUGUUGGAGGAAACUAGUCAGGAUUGAAUGCCAGAGCUGUGCUGCUCUGCUGCCCUUCAGUCAUCCUUCAUGGGAUCUUGCUGUGUGCUAAUUGGCUGGUGUUUUAUCACUGCAGCUGCAGCUCAAAGACUGCUGUCACACUAUCCAUGUUCCUGAUGCCCUCAUUCUCCUCCACGCUAAUGAAUUAAGUCCCAGCCUGUCCAACCUCUCGACAGUUCAACCACAUCUUGACAGCUCGAUCCCUUGAAUCCUGGCAAUAUCCUAGAUCAUUCUUUGACAGUUUACUCACACCCUUCUGAUAGCAAGGUGACGAAUACCAAACAUGAUCUACCGAUUCUUUUUGCGUUUUAUGUCAAUGAUUUGGAUGAUGGAAUUGAUGGCACUGUUGCAAAAAAGUUUUCAGACAAUAUGAAGAUAGCUGAAGGGGCAAGUAGUUUUGAGGAAGUGGAGAAGCUACAGAAGGACUUGAAUAGAUAGGAGAAUGGGUAAAGUAGUACCAGAUGGAAUACAGUGUCAAGAAGUGUGUGGUCAUGCACUUUGGUAAAAGAAAUGAAAGAGUUGACUAAUUUUUAAAUACAAAAAAAAAUUUAGGUGUAAAGGGCCUUGGAAUCCUGCACAAGGUUAUCCUAAAGGUUAAUUUGCGGUUUGAGUCAAAAGUAAGGAAGCCAAAUGCAACGUUAGCUUUCAUUUCAAGACGACUAGAAUAUAGAAGCAAGGAUGUAAUGUUGAGGCUUUAUAAAGCACUGCUCAGGCCUCACUGAGCAUUGUGUGCAGUUUUGGGCCCCCUUAUAGAACAUUACAGCACAGAAACAAGACUUUUGGCCCUUCUUGGCUGUGCCAAACCAUUUUUCUGCCUAGUUCCACUGCCCUGCACCUGAACCAUAUCCCUCUAUACACCUCUCGUCCAUGUACUUGUCCAAGUUUUUCCUUAGAUGUUAAAAGUGAGCCUGCAUUUACCACUUCAUCUGGCAGCUCAUUCCACUCUCCCACCAUUCUCUGUGUGAAGCCCCCCCACCCCAUGUUUGCUUUAAACUUUUCCCCCUUCACCCUUAACCCAUGUCCUCUGGUUUUUUCUCCCCUAGCCUCAGUGGAAAAAGCCUGCUUGCAUUCACUCUAUCUAUACCCAUCAUAAUUAUAUAUACCUCUAUCAAAUCUCCCCUCAUUCUUCUACGCUCCAGGGAAUAAAGUCCUAACCUAUUCAACCUUUCUCUGUGACUCAGUUUCUCAAGUCCUGGCAACAUCCUUGUAAACCUUCUCUGCACUCUUUCAACAUUAUUAAUAUCCUUCCUGUAAUUUGGUGACCAAAACUGCACAGAAUACUCAAAUUCCUUAUACAACCUCACCUCAUCAUGGAUGCAUUAGUGAUAAUUUUUCAAAACUCGUUAGAUUCUGGGCUAGUUCCUGAGGAUGGGAGGGUGGCUAAUGUAACCCCACUUUUUAAAAAAAGGAGGGAGAGAGAAACCAGGGAAUUAUAGACCGGUUAGCCUAACGUCGGUGGUGGGGAAACUGCUGGAGUCAGUUAUCAAAGAUGUGAUAACAGCACAUUUGGAAAGCGGUGAAAUCAUCGGACAAAGUCAGCAUGGAUUUGUGAAAGGAAAAUCAUGUCUGACGAAUCUCAGAAUUUUUUGAGGAUGUAACUAGUAGAGUGGAUAGGGGAGAAUCAGUGGAUGUGGUAUAUUUGGAUUUUCAAAAGGCUUUUGACAAGGUCCCACACAGGAGAUUAGUGUGCAAACUUAAAGCACACGGUAUUGGGGGUAAGGUAUUGGUGUGGGUGGAGAAUUGGUUAGCAGACAGGAAGCAAAGAGUGGGAAUAAACGGGACCUUUUCAGAAUGGCAGGCGGUGACUAGUGGGGUACCGCAAGGCUCAGUGCUGGGACCCCAGUUGUUUACAAUAUAUAUUAAUGACUUGGAUGAGGGAAUUAAAUGCAGCAUCUCCAAGUUUGCGGAUGACACGAAGCUGGGUGGCAGUGUUAGCAGUGAGGAGGAUGCUAAGAGGAUG